AUGAGCCGUGUACAAGCAAGCAAGCGGUUUGAAGUGCAAGGCUGGAAAGGGGGCAGGAGCGUCAGGAGCCUGCAUUGCGUGCCAGUAAUAUGCUGCCCCUCUCCUUCCCUCCCUCCGUUCACUCCGGCUCGUCUUUUGCCGGUGUGUCGAAUUGGCGGUGGCGUGGCUAUGGGAGUGCUCCGCCAAGAGUGUCGCCACGGCGCACCACAACUCUCGCUCUCCUCUCUAUUUCUCUGUCACUACCCUUACCGCCCAUACUCCCUCAUCCUCAUCUACCUUAUUCUUUCACGCGAUACAAGUCGUCUGACGGGCGCCGCGUUUUCUUCUGCCUCUAUUCGCGCCCACCGUGGGCCGUUCGGCGCUUGUCGUGCGUUUCAUCAGCCCACACACGCGCGCCGCCUGACAGCCAUGUCACAACUAUCGAUCGUAAAAGACCAGCUGCUUAGUAAGGGCAUCAACCACUUUGUUGUGCUGUCCAGCUCCGGUCAGGUGGUCGAGUACAGCGGUGACUUUGAGAACAAGGAGAAGCAGGUGCUGGCGUAUGCUAUUCUUCAGCAAUGCUCUGCACUGUUUGCGAAAGGUGAGUCGAUGAAGCGAGUCACCAUGAAGUUCGAGGACGUGCUUUACGUGGCGACGACCGUUGAGGAUAGUGCAACGGUGUACGGCGUGGUAGCCAAGCGUCCCACGAACGGGGCAACGAUGUAA